AUGUUGCAUAAAUUCUGGGAGUUGGAGGAAGUUCCGUCUUUAAAAGAUCGUACGUUAACACCAAAUGAGCAGGAGUGUGAAGAGCAUUUUCAAACUAUUCACUCCAGGGAUCAACAGGGGCGAUAUGUGGUAAGAUUACCGUUUAAGCAAUCCGUUGAUCAAUUGCCAAACUCAAGGGCAAAGGCCGUUCGUAUCAUUCACCAAUUGAAUAAACGAUUUGAAUUAGAUCCAAUCUACGCUAAGAUGUAUUCUGAUUUCGUAGCUGAAUAUGCAGCUCUACAAUACAAGAAGUUAAUUCCAGAAUCAUCGUCACAACCAUUCCCUGCUUACUAUCUACCUCAUCACGGGGUAGUAAAGGAAAGCAGUCUUACUACCAAGUUGCGAGUGGUGUUUAAUGGUUCUAGUAGGACUUCCACGGGAGUAUCUCUAAACGAUCUGUUGCAUGUCAGUCCUAAGUUGCAAACCGACUUAUUUGAUGUUCUGAUUUGGUACAGACAAUUCUGGUAUGUUUUCUCUGCUGAUAUUGAGAAGAUGUAUCGUCAGAUAAAGAUCCAUCCAGAUGAUUGGAAGUUUCAACACAUCUUAUGGAUAGAUGAAAAGGGUCGCUUAUCAACUUACUACAGUGACAUACGGACUAACUUGCGCUCCCUUUCAAGCUCUUCGUACCGUACUCCAAUUGAUAAAGGACGAAGGAAACAGAUUUCCGUUAGCAGUUUCUAA